UGGGGGAAUCUGGAAACCAGCUUUAGUAUAGUGCAAGGAAUAUCCUGCAACCAUUAAAAAUCUGAUCCAUGAUAUAAAGGCCAUGGUCCCCUUUAUUCUUCUUUUCUUCCUUUCUGUGUCAAGAUGUGCACAUUUUUAUUGUAGAUGAGGUGAUGAUGACUCUACAACACCAACUUCUGAUUCAGUCUUAACCACUUUAUUCCUCCGAAAGAAUUCACCUCUUUGUUAGUUGCCUCUCUUUAUAAAAGGGAACAUCUCUCAGGAACAAAGCUACCUCAUCUCUCUCAGCAUACGAUAUCUCGAGGAGGCGAUUCAAGAAUGGAGAGCUUCAAGACAGAGCACGCCGUUGGAAUCCCCAUGAGCUCGAUCACGCAUGUAGGAGAGGAACUAGCAAGAGAAUCAGCUUCUGCUUCUGAGUCCGUGGUUUCGUUCCGAGGUUCCAAUUCACAUGGGCCCUUCAAUUCUAAGCAGAAUAAGAAGUUUUGCAUCAUUAACUGGAUGAGAAAACUGAGCAUAAAGGCAAACAACUAUGCGCAAGGAAUCCGGCAGCAUGUGAAUUUGGGUCCAAAAUUCUCUAAAUCUGUCAAAGGGAAGUCGAGCAUAGGCGGUGGAGGGGGCGAGAGAAUGUUCAAGCAAAGCUUCUCGGCUAAGAAAGGGGAGAAGCUGUUGAAGGCUUUUCAAUGCUAUCUCUCAACCACAUCAGGUCCUAUUGCAGGGAUGCUCUUUAUCUCGACGGAGAAAUUAGCCUUUUGCAGUAAUAAACCUCUAACAUUAACUUCCCCAAAAGGAGAAACGGCGCGAGUUCCCUACAAGGUUUUGAUUCCGCAUAGAAGGGUAAAGAGAGCGAUCCCCAGCGAGAAUGCGAACAAGCCGGAUCAGAAGUAUGUCCAGAUCGUCACGGUGGACGACUUCGAGUUCUGGUUUAUGGGUUUCGGCAGUCAUCAGAGAUCUUUCAAGUCUCUACAGCACUCAAUCUUCAAGUCUCAAUGACCUUUGUAUUUUAUAUAGGUCAUGUAGUAUAUAUAUAUAUAUAUAUCACAUGGUAUGUAUGUAUAUGCAGUAAAUGGAACUAUAAAUCAGAAUACCUUGUUUGGAUUGAUUGAUUUGUGAGAUGUUCCAAAAUGUUCUGCAGAGCAAUUUCUGUAAACUGUCAAAUGAAGUGGUGGCUUUUUUUGUUACCCUUCCUAUAAUCUAUAUUAUUAUGCCAUGGUAUAUGAGAAAAAAAAAGAAAUUGUAAUAA